AUGCUCCUACGACUUGCACCUGAGUUCGUCCGUGCCAUCAUGGAUGAGUGCGACAUCACGUCUAUUCUGUCCUUGCGGCGCACGAGUGCUGCCCUUCACCACCAUGCCACCGCGAUCUUUAUGGUCGACCGCCGAAAACUCCUUCUGCGUUACACAAACAAUCCUGACCGACUGUGGGGACACCUCGAUGAGACAAGAGCAGUAGUAGGCGGCUUUGCUGCCCUUCGGUUCAUGCUGCGCAUCCCCCACGUGCAUUCCGAUCCUUUGGACAUCUACGUUUCUCGGAUGGAAGGCGCUCGUCUGGUCCAGAUCUUGGAGGAGGAUGAAACACUGGAUUACGAUGUGCAGGCGGUCCGAGACCACAAAGACGACGCGGUAAUCCUGGACCGUGGUGUCGCUCGCACUACUACGUUCGCCUCGCCGUCCGGCGGCGUCAUCAACGUUCACACCUCCUUAUCCAUUUCCUCCGUGGAUCCCAUUGCAAUGACGGGUAUCAGCGCUCUCAUCAAUUGGGUAUCCCCCUUCGCUUUCGCGUGUGGCUACCCCAUGCUCACGCUUCGACGUCUCUCGCUAGGCGGAGCGCCUCAACAAGCGGACGUACGCGUCUAUACUCUGUAUCACCAACUGUACCUCAUGGGGUUCCAAAUCGCUUCUGAGCCUAGUGCUUGGCCCGAGUAUGCUGCUUUCGUGACGACGCAACCCAUCUACUUCCAUCACACUUGCCUACGACACCACUACGUCUGUCCCGGCCAAGGCCGAUUCUUCGGCGAUGUCGGGUCCAUGGUCACCGUCUUCGACCUUAUACAUACCGAUCACCAGGAGCUGAAGCGAAACCACCGGCACCCAGUGUCCUUAACCCUGGGAGAACAGCCGCCUUCUGUCGACGUCAGCUGGUCCGCUCACGUACUGGCGUCUGUCGGCGUCGGCCCAGAUGCGAAUUGA